GGCUCGGAGGGUGCUCCCGCCGCCGCCGCUGCCGUCGCCACCGCCCUCUCUCAAGAGUCAACUGAGGGCGGCGGGACCCCGGUGGGGCUGCCCCUUUGGACGGCGGGCUCUCCGCGCGUGCUUGAAAUUCUGGGAUUCUUCCCUUUGGACGUCGUCGCGUUAGCGGCUGCGGAGCGCGAGCCUGACGGGCGAGAGGCUUGGCGAGCGGUGGCCCCCUCGCGUGAGAAACAAAGCAGCAUGAUGGCCUUAGUUCUGCUAAUUUCCACUUUUGCCUUCAGCCUCACAAAUGGAAUAAAUCUACAAGAUUUUAGCUGGCAGUUAGAAAAAAUACCACGGAUUGUGAAGGAAAAGACUUUCUUCCUCGGCACUCCUAAAUUUGAAGCCAGUGCCAAACUAGAACUGAGUGGCGUAUGUGGGAUUGAAUGCCAAAGGACAUUGCCAGUGCCACGUUGGUCUGAUCUGAAGGAUCUGCUUUCCUAUGAGACAGUCUUUGAGAACGGCACGAGGACUCUGACAGAAGUGGGGAUCCUGGGGGUGGAGCCUGACUCACCUGUAAACACUACCACUAAGGUGCUACCAAGAAGGAAGAGACAGGUCUACGGUACAGACAGCAGAUUCAGCAUUUCAGACACUCGAUUUCUGACCAACUUCCCUUUUAACACAGCUGUGAAGAUCUCCACAGGCUGCAGUGGCAUCCUCAUUUCUCCAAAGCAUGUACUCACUGCUGCCCAUUGUGUGCAUGAUGGUAAGGAUUACAUUAAAGGCAGCAAAAAACUGAGAGUGGGGCUGCUGAAGCUGAAAUCCAAAGGCAGUGGCAAGAGACGCAGGGGAGCCAAGAGGAGUAAGAGGGAGGUGCCAGAAGUCAAGGACGAUGAGGAUGACUCCAAACUCCAGAAAAGGGGAUCUGGCAGUAGAGCUGGCAGAAAACAAAAGACAUCUGUGUUGAAGGAGAGGAAGUCAGAGCGCAAGCCCUCCUUCCAGUGGACCAGAGUUAAAAGUACUCAAAUCCCCAAAGGCUGGAUAAGAGAUGUGACAGGAGAUGUUGCAGUUGAUUAUGACUAUGCAGUUUUGGAACUCAAGCGUCCCCACAAGAAGAAAUACAUGGAUCUUGGCAUCAGUCCAAAUAGCAAGAUGAUUCCUGGAAGUAUGAUCCACUUUUCUGGAUAUGAUGCAGACCGAGCUGGCCAGCUGGUUUAUCGCUUUUGCAGCAUAUCUGAUGAAUCCAAUGAUCUCUUCUACCAGUAUUGUGAUGCUGAGCCUGGUUCUACUGGUUCAGGAAUCUACCUCCGCCUUAAAGAACCAAAUAAGAAGAAAUGGAAACGCAAAAUUAUUGCCAUUUAUUCUGGUCAUCAGUGGGUGGAUGUUAAUGGAGAACAGCAGGAUUACAAUGUUGCAGUUCGAAUUACACCCCUCAAAUAUGCUCAGAUUUGCCUCUGGAUAGGGAACAAUGAUAAUUGUGUGCAGGGCUAAUGACAGAUAAUACAAGAUCACCUAAUAUCUAAUAGGGCUACGCAAUGAAAGUCAUACAUUGACUUGGUCUGGUUUUAUUUGAACUUGACACCAGAAAUUAGCUUUUUUAUAAAUUUUUAUAAAAUUGACUGAGCAUUUACCAGAAUUUUUUUCCUAGGAUAAUUAAAUUAAUCAUAGACACAAGGUGCAGUUAAAUCCCUGGUUGUGUGUGUAUGUAUAUGUGUAUGUAUAUGCAUACACACACACAUAUUGUAUGUGUGUGUUUGUGUGUGUAUAUAUACACACACAUACAUAAAUACAUACUGGUAAGUUUGAAUCGUUCAUAUUAAAGGACAAGUGUUCUUGACUCCUUCAGUUUGUUACUCAGUUAACAUUUUAAAGAAAAGAUUCUUCUCUGGUAACUGGUAUUAUUAAAACAUUGAUUAUUUUAUUUUCAACGUAUUUACUUGUCUCAGGGUUCUGCUCAAAUAAGCAUCGUACAUUCAUUAUUGUCUACUAACUACAGAUCAUCCAAAUUCUGAAACAUGGGGAUAAGACAAGAAACAGAAAAAUGUGAUUGUCACACUUUGAUGCCCCUGCCAAGUUAGUGUUUAAGUAAUACGUAAAGCUUGGGAAUCCCAUUCUCUUGAAUUCUAAAACAGCAAAAUGAAGCUUAAUCAAUGUAGCAUGUUCCCUAUUUGGAAAAAAGAGAAGGAACUAUAUAAUUUAAUGCCUAUAAAUUAGAUUUAGAAAAUAAAACUGGGAGUAUUAAAAUUGUAUUUGCUUUAUUCAGUCACCACUUUGAACAAAUCCCUGUCCUUUUUUAUUGCUAUUAAGGUGCAAUAGUGACAUUUAUGUAUUCUAAUUUUUAAAACUAUAAAAAGCUAAUUGUAUCAUCCUGUUAGAACUAGGAGAUGACAGUAGCCCAAGAAGCCAUAUAUGUGGUCCUGAUGGUAAGGGAAGCUUGAAGGAGAAGAGAAUAGCCCUGUGCUCUCAAAUGUAAACAGACAUAAUUGUCACGUCUGCUGAAGUGUACGUGAAAGCUUUUACCAUAAAGGUAACAUGAGGUGCACAAGUUGCACUAAGACAGUUUCCCAAUCUCAUCAGCUUGGAAGCAUGUGAACUUCAACUCCUAGAAUUCUUAGCAAUGGUCAUGCUGGCUGGGGAAUUCUGGGAGUUGAAAUCCACACACCUUAAAGUUGCUGAGGUUGGAAAACACUCUAUUAGGAUUUACCAGUCAGCCUUUCUUUCUUCAGAUGGAUGGCAAUGUGUGGAAACAGUUCCUCAAAUUUCCACCACAACUACCAAAGCCAAUAAUUAUUUGCUAAAUCAUGCUCUAAUGUUUACAGAAUAUGUAGGUUAACUUUUAUGUAAAUAUAUUACUGAUUUAUUAUGUAGCAAGAAUUCUCUUGGGUUCAUUUCAAGUUUUGAACCUCAGCUUUUACUAGAAAAGCAUUUAAAGUAGGCUUGUUAUUUAAAAUGUACACAUUUCAGUAGCUUUUCAAAACAAUAUCUCCUGCGCUUUCUACUUCAAAGAUUGUCAUGUACGUGAAGGCUAUUUGGAGAAAACAAAAUCAUCAGGACUCUAUUUAAUAUGUAACAUUAAGGUGGAAUAUUCCUGGCCAUAUAUAAUCUUGGUUUUAUUAAUAUUAUAAUAAUUUCAUUUUAACUUGAAUUGAUCAACAUUUUUGUAAGGAAAUGUGUAAUAAGAAACAAAGGUUGUAAAAUAUGUGUAUGAAUGUGAAAAUUACUAAAUCCUUAAAAGCACUUCAGUUUGAAUAAAAUAUUCUUAAAUUUGGUUUUUGCUAUAACUUUUGAAAAAGUAUUAAAUUUAGAAUUGAUAUGCAAAGACAUUUUUAUUAUUUCUCUGUAAGUGAAUUGUGCAU